UCUGGCACCAUAUUGAAGGCCAAAGAUGGGAACUCCUUUCUUUGCUGCUGUCUUUUGGUUUGGUGGGGUGUGGGGGACAAGCUAUCGCCCAAUUAGUUAUGCUAAAAUCCUGGGUUUCUCCAUUGUUUUCUAUGGGCUGCACUCACUUCUGCCCAUGGAAGGAGGGGAAAAGGUUGUUUUGUGUGGAGGUGGGGGAAGAGACUAGAGGAACUAGAAGGCAAGUGGACAGAGACUGACACAUUCCACAGAUGAUGGCAACCCUUGGGCUCCUGUCCUCCUGCUCCUGUGCCCGUCCCCUGAUGCCUUUGCUUCGGCCAGGAAUUCUCAAGAUGAGCUCAUCUCAGCUGCACACAACAGCCCAGGCUGCUUCAAAAGAUUACUAUGAGGUGCUUGUGCUUGGCGGAGGUACUGGCGGGAUCACCAUGAGUGCCCGGAUGAAGCGCAAAGUGGGGGCUGGAAAUGUGGCUGUUGUUGAGCCGCAAGAGAAGCACUAUUAUCAACCACUCUGGACUUUGGUUGGAGCUGGAGCAAAGCAGCUGGCAAAGUCUGCACGCCCGACAGCAAGUGUGAUUCCUUCGGGUGUAAAGUGGAUCCAGUCCAGAGUUCAGAAGCUGGAUCCAGACAAGAACUGUGUCUACUUGGAGAACAACCAGAAGAUAUCUUACAAGUAUUUGAUCAUUGCCCUGGGACUGCAGCUGCAUUAUGAAAAGAUCAAAGGCUUGCCUGAGGGGUUUAAGUGCCCGAAAAUAGGUUCCAAUUAUUCCAUUCACACAGUUGAGAAAACUUGGGAAGCUCUGCAAGGUUUCAAGGAAGGAAAUGCCAUUUUUACUUUCCCAAACACUCCCGUGAAAUGCGCAGGUGCGCCUCAGAAGAUCAUGUACUUGUCAGAGGCCUAUUUGAGAAAGACAGGAAAAAGAUCCAGAGCCAAAAUCAUCUUCAAUACUUCCAUGGGAGUCAUUUUUGGUGUUCAGAAAUACGCCGACGCUCUGCUAGAAAUAAUCAAAUCAAGGAACAUCACAGUUAACUACAGACACAAUCUCAUUGAAGUUCGAGCUGAUAAACAGGAGGCAGUCUUCGAGAACUUGGACAAACCAGGAGAAACGGAGGUUUAUCAGUAUGAAAUGCUUCAUGUAACGCCACCCAUGGGACCCCCUGAUGUCCUCCUGAACAGUCCAGUUUCAGAUCCAGCUGGCUGGGUUGAUGUUGACAAAGAGACCUUGCAGCAUAAGAAAUACCCAAAUGUGUUUGGGAUUGGAGACUGCACCAACCUCCCUACCUCAAAGACAGCCGCAGCUGUAGCUGGCCAAUCUGGAGUACUUGAUAAAACCAUUUCUUCGAUCAUGAAGGGCAAAACCCCAACUAAGAAGUAUGAUGGAUAUACAUCCUGUCCCCUGGUCACGAAUUACAACCGAGCAAUCUUGGCAGAGUUUGAUUACAAUGCUCAGCCUUUAGAAACUUUCCCCAUUGACCAGAGCAAGGAGCGGCUGACAAGUUUCCACAUGAAAGCAGACAUGAUGCCGCCACUUUAUUGGUAUGGACUACUGAAGGGAUAUUGGGGAGGUCCAGCUCCAAUAAGAAAGCUGCUGCACUUAGGAUUUAAGUAAUCAGUACGCCUCUGCCUGCCACACCAGCACAUCUUCACACAACGCAUAGUUUUGAGAAGCAUUCAGGGGGAUAUUCUUGCACCCAGUGUUGACUCUUCCUGUGUCAAUAAAAGUUUUUCUGCAGUUA